GUCAUGAAUGACGGCAAUUGGUUGGCCGCCCUGUCACUGCUCUGAAGGAAAUAUGGCGCAUGUGAGGAACCUGAAGGGUUUGGUUGGCAUAGUCACUGGAGGAGCCUCAGGCCUCGGCCGGGCUACUGUAGAACGGUUUGUGCGCCAAGGAGCCAGUGCCGUCAUCUUGGAUUUGCCCAAGUCAGAGGGGAAGACUGUGGCUGAGUCUCUAGGCGACACGUGUGCUUUCUCUCCCACUGAUGUGACUUCUGAGGUAGAUGUGAAAAAUGCUUUGGAACUGGCACGCUCAAAGUUUGGCAGGGUGGACAUUGUGGUGAACUGCGCAGGAAUAGCUGUUGCUGCAAAAACAUACAAUCUAAACAAACAGCUGCCCCACAGUUUAGAGGACUUCCAGAGAGUAAUCAGCGUUAAUAUCGCUGGCACUUUUAACGUCAUCCGUCUGGCAGCUGGCGAGAUGGGGAAGAAUGAGCCUGAUGAGGAUGGACACAGAGGGGUCAUUAUUAAUACAGCCAGUGUUGCAGCUUUCGAUGGACAGGUGGGGCAAGCGGCCUACUCUGCCUCCAAAGGAGGAAUUGUUGGUAUGACUCUGCCCAUUGCACGAGACCUGGCACCUAUGGGAAUCAGAGUUGUAACUAUUGCUCCAGGAUUAUUUGCAACCCCUCUGCUUGUUGGACUUCCUGAGAAGGUUAGAACAUUUCUGGCCAAGCAAGUCCCCUUCCCAAGCAGACUGGGUGACCCGGGGGAGUAUGCGCACCUUGUGCAGUCCAUUGUGGAGAACCCAAUGUUAAAUGGAGAGAUUAUUCGACUUGAUGGGGCUCUCCGCAUGCAACCUUAAUGAGAAGGACUAUAUGAUUCAAUGGGACCAUUUGGGCUAUUGAUUUAUACCGGCAGCAAAGCCAGGAUGUAAUACCCCUGUAAUUAAUAGCAGUUAAGUUCUUUAAAGUUCUUUAUUCCCUGGAGUGCAGGUAAAGUGAAUGGAGUUAAUUGUUAGGCCAUGAUAUGAUCAGGAUCAAGUUAACUGAACAUGGAAUCUCUUAAAGUCAGCCAAAGCCAUGAUCUACAAAAGUUCCUAACAAUGAAUUGGCCUUUCUGCCGCCGACCAACCAUCUCCUGGUAUAUAACUGUAAUUUUAAUGUUAAUCCAUUAAAAAGCAUUUCAAAGAA